AUGCUCUAUUUCCUGAUCUCUCCUCUGGCGUACUCGCCGCCCGAACCCGCCGACGUCGACGCCCAGUGGCGCUCAUGGCAGCUCCAGCACCGCAAAAACUAUGCGUCCGAGGCCGACAUCGCAGCUCGGCGCCUCACGUGGCUCGAGAGCCGUGAGUUGGUGGAGGAGCAGAACGCUCGGCCCGACAGCUGGACGGCGGAGCUGAACGAAUUUGCUGAUUUGACCUGGCCGGAGUUUCAGGCGAAGCGACUCAUGGCCCCUCAGAACUGCUCCGCGACGCACGUCGCCUCGUGGUCCUUCGACGCUUCCGCGAAGCUCCCGGAGGCGCUCGACUGGCGGCAAAAGAUCCUGGCGCCGUGGCCGGUCAAGAACCAGGCGCACUGCGGCUCGUGCUGGACCUUCUCCACGGUCGGGUCGAUGGAGGCGCACGUCUACCUCAAGUACGGCGCGAUGAAGAACCUCUCCGAGCAGCAGCUCGUCGACUGCGCCGGAGCCUUUCACAACCACGGCUGCAACGGCGGGCUGCCCUCGCAGGCGUUCGAGUACAUCCACUUCGCGGGCACGCUUGACACGCCGAGCCGGAGAGUGUCCGCCAUCAACAACAUCACCGCCUACGACGAGGCGGCCCUUCUAGCCGCCGUCGGCUCGCGCGGCCCCGUCUCGAUCGCCUUCCAGGUGUCGGCCGACUUCCGCUUCUACAAGAAGGGGGUUUACGACGGCGUCUGCAAGGCGUCGCCAUCGGAUGUCAACCAUGCCGUGGUCGCCGUUGGCUACGGCGUCUCGCCGGCCGACGGCGGGCGAGAGGGAGGCAAGCCCUUCUUCAUCGUGCGCAAUUCAUGGGGCCCGACGUGGGGCGAAGAGGGCUACUUUCGCAUUGCGAGAGGUGAAAACAAGUGUGGGCUUGCCGAUUGCGCUUCCUUCCCGUCCAUCGCGUGAGGGGUCGCGACACAACAGGACGGCGAUCGACGGCGAGCGCAGUGUGGCUGUGGGUGCUAGCCCCGCUGGCAGCCGCCGCCCCAACCCCUGACCCCUCGGCCUUGGCCAGGCCUUGUACCUUGACGCUUGGGCGGGCUGGCGGGGCGGGGACCGGGGACGCGUUGUGUACUUGACUUGGCCAGCCAGUUGAUUUUGACAUUCGUCUUUCGUGCGACCCCGACCGUGUGUCUCUGUGUGUAUUCUAUUGUACGCGAGAUCGGCGCCGUCUCUCGCUCUCUCCUCUGUCCUUGCACACCUCGGGUCUCCCC